AUGCGGCAGGACACCGAUAUGUUAAACACUGAGCAGCAGUUGGUCCGGGACACUUCAAGAAGAGCCAGGCAGGAUCUCAGGCCUCAGGCUCCAAGGACAUCAGUCGGGUUACUCAAGCUUCUGUCAAGGAUCCCCCAGGGCACCUUGGGAAGUGGUAAUGUUGAACCAAAUCAGAGCCAGAGGAAAAGGUCUCAGAGCGCAGGGCAGAAGACCAAGGACAGCAAGCCCAGGGGGCGGACCAAGAAAGGAAGCUCCACUGAGAAUCCCUUCCCCUGUGCUCCUCGGGAACCCUCCUUCCCAUUCCAGUGGGCCUGGGAGAACUUUUCAGAGGGCCGGGCUCUGCUUCAGCCAAGCUCCCCUUCGGCCCUGGGCCAUCAGGCUCUGGCCCAGCUCCCGGCGGUCCCCCAGCUCAAGUCCAGGCGCAAGUCCACCGCCAGCCUCCCAGGAGCCCUGGAGAGGAGACAGCAGCUGGGGCCCUGCGGCAGUGUGCCCCUCUCGCCCAGUAAAGGGGAGAAUCAAGGGCUGGAGCCAUCCAGCGCGUGUGGCCCCUGGCUGCCAGGCAAGAGGCCAGGAUCGAAAUCAGAGUGUAGAGAGGCUCCUGAGCCGCAAGGCGAGGGUGCUGAAGAAGCGGAGCUGGGUCUGAGCCCGGAGGAGCUACCUCAGCUACCCCGUGGACCGUUGCUCUCGGAGGAGCGCUUCUCAGAGGCGACUGUGGAAGCGGAGGAGCGGGAGCAUAGCGCCCCUCAUAGGAGAAAGAGCGGUUCUCGAAAAAAGGGGCGGAAUUCGGGAGAGGAAGCCUUAGAAGAGGAGGCGCAGCGAGCGCAAAGCUCCAGCUCCUACAACCCCCGACGGCCACAGAGAGGCGAGGCCAGGGCCCAGGAGCUAGAGGGGCCCUGGGACCUAGAAAAGCUGCGCCGGCAGUUACUGCAAGAGUGCUAUGGUGAGGGCCGCUGCGAUCCCCAAAAGCAAACCCGGAAGACAUUGCAGCAGGCUGUUGUCCAGACCUCCGAGGGGAGAGGGAAGGCCCAUGCCUGGGGAGGUGAUGAAGCUUUCUUGUCUGCCAACUUUCCUAAUCGCACAUUCCAUAAACGACAGGAGGCCACUAGGAACCUGCUGCAGGCCUGGGAGCGGCAGCGGCAGGAGGACCUGCAGCAGGCUGAGCUACGCAGGGCCCGGGAGCAGCUUGUUCAGCAGCAGGUGGCUCGCUGCCUGGCUUCCUAUGUGCCCCGAAGGAACAAAGGGGCCUGGGCCAGCCAGUGCAAGCUGGAGGAACUGAGGCGCCAGGAGCGGAAGCGCUUUGCUGCGUACCAGGCAGAGUUGCAGGGCAUCCAGCACAGGGUACAGGCCCGGCCUUUCCUGUUUCAGCAGGCCAUGCAGGCCAAUGCCCGGCUCACUGUCACACGGCGCUUCUCCCAGGUGCUGUCGGCCCUGGGAGUGGACGAACAGCAGAUUCUGGCUGAGGCAGGAAAAGGGGACACAGAGGGCACCGCCAGGAAACCCAGGAGCCACCAAUCAAUGGGGGUGAGAACGGAGCCCUCUUUUCAGAGCCCUCCAAGGACUGACAUCAGCAGCCAGCCUGACAGGCACUCCUCCCCCAGCCUGGACCCAGAGAAUAGUCAAGAUAAAAAUUAA